AUGGGCGACAGACUCACUCAAUUACAAGAUGCUGUUGAUCAGCUCGCGCAACAAUUUGUUGCGAGCUUUCACUUCGUUCACCGACGUCAUGACCUCGAACUCCUCGGACCCAAUGACAAGAUUCGCGAAGUCAAGCAGGAUCCAGACCAAAAGGAGGUUGAUCCUCUGCCCCCAGACGAGUUCAAAGAGGGACUAGCUGAGCUAUCGCGUGACUUGAUUAUCAAGGAACAGCAGAUUGAAGUCCUUAUAUCCAGUCUCCCUGGACUAGACAGCAGCGAGGCCGACCAGGAGCGAUACAUACAGGAGCUGGAGGACGAACUGAAGGUUGCUGAGGCGCAGAGGCAGGACGCGAUCAAGGAGAAGGACCAGAUCCUCGCCAAACUCGACGAAGUGAUCAGAAGCAUUCGCAGACCAUGA